AUGCUUACAUGGGGUGCAAACAGCCAUGGCCAGCUAGGUACAGGAGAUGAUAAAGAUGCUUAUGAACCUAAAAUCAUUAACUUCACUGAUCCGGUCGCCCUGAUCUCCGGAGGUGGUGGUCACUCUCUGAUUUCUGACGAAAACAAUAUAUUCAGCUGUGGUUUGAAUUCUGUUGGUCAGCUGGGUCGUUCAAAUGACUGCAACCACUUUAAAAUUAUUCCUUACUGUUUUCCAUCAACUGUUAUUAAAGUAUCGUGUGGCUGGGAUUUUUCUGUUGCAGUACUAAGUGAUGGAUCUGUUUUCUCAUGGGGCUCAAAUGAAUAUGGACAGUUGGGUAGAGAAAGUAUUAAUUCAAGCAUAAUUCCUGCUCGUGUUGAUAUAGAGCCUGUUCGAUCUAUAUCUGCAGGUCUAAGGCAUGUCGUUUCUGUGACAAUCUCCGGAAAACUGUAUGGUUGGGGUUCUAAUCGCCGAAAACAAUUAUUGUUUGAUAAUGUGUUGAUUAAAGCUGAACAUUAUGACGAAUCGAAACAAAUAUGUUACCGUCCCACUCUAUUGAACUCUGUAUUUGGCGAUACAAAUGAAUGGGUCGAUUGUGCCGCUGGUGCGUAUCAUUCAAUUGCGAAAACAAGAACAAAUAAACUGGCUCUUUUUGGAGAUACUAGAUUUUUUAAACCCAAAUUAGAAGUUCACGGUCUUUCUUCGAAUAUCGAAAGUAGACUUUCAUCUCCUAUUUGGUAUGAUGCCGAAUUAUUUGAUAACAAUGAAAUAGAACAAGUGGUGUGUGGAUGGAGUCAUGUUCUCGUUAGAACUAGUGUUGGAGAAGUUUAUUCGUGGGGUCGAUCAGACUUUGGACAGCUUGGACGAACUGUUAACGUAUUAAGCAAGUUUAUAGGAAAAUCUAAUGAGAUUUUCCCGAACUUCGAUGUACACCCUGGAAAAGUACAUUUUCAUUUGAAUACUGGUCAUGAAGUGACUAUAAAAUCUGUUGCUUGUGGUUCAGAGCACUCAUUGGCUAUAGAUUCAAAUGAACAGUUAUGGGUUUGGGGGUGGAAUGAGCAUGGUAUGUGCGGUGUUAUAACGAAAAUUGAAAGUCAGAUAGAAAAACAUUGGACUCAAGAAGAAGGUUGCCAUGUGAGCUAUUGCGGGCUUUCGUUUUUCGACUGUGGUAGUCGUUUCGAAUUACUGCUGGAGAUCAUGGCAUCUGCGAAACAGGAUAUUGCUACGUAUAAUGUAACUUAUUUAUUACGUCAGUGGGAUUGUUCAUCUGAAGAAAAACGUCGUCAGCUUCUUGGCGAUUUCAUUAAACAAUACUAUAAUUGUACUGGACCUGAUUUAGAAUCAGAAUUCGCCCAAAUGGCUAGUUUAUUUUUGGCUAGAAUAUGCGUAUGGAUAAAAUUAACUUACAUGUCAGGAACUUGUCUAACAGAACAACUUCAAGCUCUUCAUAUAUUUUUAUCAGCUUCAAACAGCUAUAAUUAUUUACUAGAGUUUUUGGAGCAUGGUGGUGUAUUGUGUUUACAGGAAGUAUGCAUUUCAUCGAGUGCAAAAGAAGUAGAUAAACGUUGGGCGCUUAAAGUAUUAUCUUGCGUUGCCAAUGGUGGUACACAUUACAAGGAGACAAUAUGUGAAUGUUAUGGCAUUCGUGCUGUUGCUGAAUGUAUGGCCAAGUCAGAAUCAGAGGAAACACAAGAGUCUGCUAGAGAUUUAUUAGAAAUACUAGCUGAAGGCAAUCCUCGUUUCUCUGAUCAAGUUUACAAAGGAUUAAUUGGCGUUUUACCAUGUAAUUCACCAAAAGCUCAACAAUUAGCACUUCAAAGUAUACGAAUUUUACAGGCAAAGCGUAAUACUGCCAAUAGGGCCUUAAUCGACAGAAUAAUCUACUUACUGGAGUCAUUGCAUUUGGAAGUACAAUCAGCAGUUAUUGAAUUACUUCGUGUUCUAAUGGGAUUCGAUAUUGCUGAUGAUAUAUUAAUGGCUUUAAUUACCUUGUUAAAACCUCAACAUGAAAUACAGCUAGGUAAAUUAUUCACCGAAGCAACAUCAGAUGAUAACGAUGAUGAAAUAAGUUCAUCUCAUAUGGACAGUACUGAGGAAAGUUAUCCUUCUCAUCCUAUCUCGUUAGAUAGUCGUAAUAUUAGUGGCAUGCCAGAAAUGAAACCUCUAUCUAUGAGCAAUACAAAGUCAACUAAAUUAAAUGUCAAAUACCCUAGCACAUGUGCUAACGGUAACAGCGGUAAAACGGAAAAAACGAUGAAAAAGAAUCAUAGACAUCAAAAUCAAGGGUCAGAUUCAGAAUUCGAUGGUAAUCAACCAUUAUCGGUGUUUGUUCAACAAGCAGCUGCAGCUAAAUGUCUUCGCAUUCUCUCGCAAGAUUCUUCAACAGUAUCAAGAAAAAUAAUCAAGAUGGGCGCUUUAUCAAAUCUUUUAUAUGCUAUGGGUAAUCUUGAAUUUUCAGAUAGUCAACGACAAGCUAGUUUAGCUUUAGAGUAUCUUUGUCAAACGUAUCCUUUAGUAGAUGAAGUUGUUUCUGAGGCAAUGGGUCCAGUUUUACAUGAGGAAUUCAUUAAAAAUCCUGAUUCACACUAUCUACAAAUGACUCCAUUACAAGCAGAUAUUUUAGUUUCGAAUAAAGUGAAUUUUACAGGAGGGUCAAAUAUAAGCAUUAUGCUAAUCCAGACUAACUAUAUUCCACAUUUUUCUGACAACUAGUGAUGAUGAUUUACUAACUACAUUAUGAUUUAAUCAUCUCAUGGAAUCUGAAUUUUGGAAAAUACUCAUUUUCAUAUCAGGUGUAAAGUAAAUAUUAAUGUUUUCUGACUUUCAGAUUCAAAUUCAUCUGAUUCGGUAUGUCAUUGACAUUUGUUCAAAUCAUCUUGUAAAUUGUCAUAUUUAAUGAAUUCAGAAGCAAUGAUUCUAUAUCAUAAACUUUGAAAUUUUUAAAUUGUUCCACAUGAAUAGUUUUCUUUCUGUUAACCGCAAAUGAUCGAUUAUUGUUAUUUGUUAUAAAUUUAUCAGGUUUCAGUUAGAAAAAUCUAUGACGUUUGUCGAACAAUUUGUUAUGACUUAUUGUCAUAACUAUUUCGAAUAUAUUAAGCAGCGAUGGAUGAUGACUAGUAGUUAAAUCCAAGACGCGCGUCUCGUCCUGUUUGGUAUUCGUCAUCUGCCUGUACCUACAUUCUAUAGUUGGUGUUCAUUUCGGGACUCAACCAAUACAAAUGAAUUAUUGUGAACGUUGUUGUUAUAUCUAUCAGUUUUAUAUGAAGCUAUGUUUUGUAUUGUCACUUAAUCAUAUCAGUACACAUUUUAGAAUUAGUACACAAUUGCUUUUUCGUCAACCCUUUCGCCUUUUUUUACCCAUGAAUAUAUUAUCAAAUGAUAUUCUUUUAUUGCGGCGUUUUGACCCGUUAAUCAAUACGUUUUUGGUUGUGAAGAUUAACCUAUUCUUUUUCGUUAAAUUCACAUUUAACAUAAUAUGACCUUUAUGUACUCUUCAUCACAUCAAAUCAAAUGACCUGUAUGCAUUUGUUUACAUGAACAAUUGCGUCGUUCGUGUGAGUGUGUAGAUUUUAUUAGACUAUAACUAGUUUACACAUACAUAUGUAUGCUUGAUGUAUUUUCGUUACGCUCUCUUCACUAACCUAAUCUCUUUGUUCUCCU